AUCACAUCAUCACAUGCACAUGCAAAAGACAUUGGUUUUCCUAUACAGUUUGAAUUCUAACGUUCCGCCAUCAACAUGUUUUGAUCGUAUCACGUCGAAUAGAAGGGCCCCGUUUGGGUGUUCAAGGCCAUGUGUCUGUGCUGGAUGUCAGCAUGAAGAGGAAGUUGUAGCAGUGUUGUGUGUUUUAGGCUGUGGUUAACACAGCACUCUGCUCUUUUCAGGCGUUUCAGCUGGCAUAAAGUUGUGUGUUAGUCUCAGAGGAGGACGUUUUGCUAGUUGUGGAUUCUUGUUUUUUCUCUUUGGACUCUUUGGGCUUCAGAUUGCAAGCCAUGCACUCAACUUCGUGCCCCGGUCUCAGCACCCAGUUCCUCUUCUUCCUUGUCCCCGGCUUCCAUCCCAGAAGACGUCUUCUUUAGCAGUUCUCCUGAAGACAAGAGGAACUUUUUGGCUGAGAGUGACGAGUGCAGCAGUGAGGAGGAUCUUUUAGACCUCUGCUCUUCUCUGAGAGAUUCAGAAUAUUUCAGAGACCUGCAACUCGGAUCCACUGACGAGCCAGACGUGCAACUUACUGUCUUAGCGGCACCUGACAAGGGUCCUACCCCUUUGGUACCUCCUGUGUCCACAUCAGAGAGUGGAUCUAGGCAGGAAUCCACAGAGUUCCACACCCAUCAACUUGACCAGGUAGACCACACUGUGAUUUUUGCUGGAGGGGAAGUCAUGGAUCGCUUGAUUGCUAUCAGAUCUUCAGAGUACCAGGAUUAUCCAGAAUCUGAGCAAGAUGAGGACUCAGACUCGGAUAACUUUCCUAUAUUGGUUCGAUCUAUGUCCACGUCACGUAGACACAGCUGGGAAGCGCCAGUGUCGCCAAUUGACCUGGGCAGAAGAUUCAGUCUAGACACCACCGGCAUUGACAGUGAUGGGGAAAGAGAGGACCAGUGUUUGGCCAAAAGUUCCCAUUUACCAUCUUCUUCCUUCUCCGAAAGCUCAGUGGAAGAAACGACCAGUGCUGUGGAAAGUGAAAGCCCCAAAACACCACAGCCACCCUCACCAGCAAGGACAGUGUAUUCAAGAUCUGAAAUUCUCGCAACUGAAGAAAAAUCGCAAGCUGACAGAGUUUCCCGCAUACUGGAGACUUCUAAACAGGCUGCCAGAGAGGCUAGAGAAGAGCAGGAGUCGGAAGAGGGGCUGCAGUCUGUGGAGGGACGAAGUCAUGUGCUGAUGGUACAGAAAGUUCUACAGGAGCUUAAGCAGUAUCACGGAGCUAAACGCAGAAAUUCAAGCACAGAAAGAAAAGAGGAGAGAGGGAGUGUCACGUGGUAUGAGUUUCUUGAAAUUGGAAAUGAUGAGGAAGAAGAGGAAAGACCAGAGCGUCAGGAAAAAGGCACCAAAGUCAAGCGGACUCUGAGUUCACUGAGGAGCCGCAUGACUGGAUCCUUCAACAAAGACAAAGGUAAGACCCGAGAGAAAGAGCAGCACAAAGAGAAAAGCAGAGAGAGAGAGAAGGACAAAGAGAAAGAGAAAGAGUUGAGAGAGCGUGAGAAAGUGCGGCGCCGCAGCGUGAGCGGCCACCAGCUCGUGCCUGGCGCAUUUUCAAGCUGGGCGACAUGUUCACUGUGCAGCAAGACCCUGCAAAGGAAGCAUAGCCUGCAGUGUUUGAACUGCGCCGUGAACGUCCACAAGAGCUGCAAGAACCUGCUGCCCGAGUGUAGCAGUAAAAGCAAGACAAAAGAAUCAGUGCAAAAGUCGUCAAACACCGCAGCUCAGUUGUAUAGCCAAGCUCUGCGGGACCCCUGCUCUGCUCUGACUCCCAUCAAUGGCUCGUCCCGAACGUCACGCUGUGCUUCAGGUAUGACCGUUCCGCCCAAAGGACACAGCGCCCAACCUGCCGCCUCCAGCAACCCUACAGUCAGCCACAACAGCAGCAGCUGCUCUAUCACAGGAGAGAUGGACGAGGUUGACGGAUUCAGGCUGAAGCGCCCCACUGACGACACUGUAUCUCUCGCCUCCACGGCGCCCGAAUCUCUCAUCGUUGAAGAUGCAUAUUACACCACAGUGCGAGGGGAGCUGGAAGCCAUCGCGCAAGACUUCGAGGUGGAGUCCUGGAGUCUGGCUGUGGAUCAGCACUUCUUAAAGAAAUAUUCGAAGGAGAUGAUGAAGAGACAGGAUGUUAUAUAUGAGCUCAUCCAGACGGAGAUCCACCACGUGCGGACGCUCAAGAUCAUGCUCCGUGUGUACGCUCGAGAGCUGCGGGAGACGCUACAGCUGGACGACAGAAGGCUGGACUGUCUGUUUCCCCAGCUGGACAGCCUGCUGGAGCUGCACAGCCACUUCCUGUCCUGCCUCAGGGAGCGUCGCACAGAAUCUCUACAGCCGGGCAGCGAUCACAACUAUGCCAUCCAUAAAAUCUCAGAUAUCCUUAUAUCCCAGUUUUCUGGAGAGCUUGGAGAGCGAAUGAAGGAAAGUUAUGGGGAUUUCUGCAGUCGGCACACUGAGGCUGUCAACUACUACAAAGAGCAGCUGCAGAGCAACAAGAAGUUCCAGAACCUCAUGAGAAAAAUAAGUAAUCUGUCAAUAGUGCGGCGGUUAGGCGUUCCAGAGUGCAUCUUGCUGGUGACACAGCGAAUCACCAAGUAUCCUGUUCUUCUGGAGCGCAUCCUGCAAAACACCGAAGCCGGGACAGAGGAACAUGAAGGAUUAGCACAAGCUCUCGGCCUAAUCAAAGACACCAUAGUUCAGGUGGACUCCCAGGUCAAUCUCUACGAGAAGGAAUCACGGCUCAGGGAAAUCACCUCCAAGAUGGAGCCCAAGUCCCUCGGGAAAAUCAAAGAUGGACGUGUCUUUCGUAAGGAGGACCUUUCUCAGGGCCGCCGCAUGCUCUUGUUCGAGGGCAUGGUAAACUGGAAAUCAGCAUCUGGUCGCCUCAAAGAUAUUCUAGCUAUACUUCUUACCGAUGUUCUCGUCUUGUUGCAAGAAAAGGAUCAGAGAUAUGUGUUCUCAACUGUGGACAACAAGCCAUCCGUUAUUUCACUGCAGAAAUUGAUUGUGCGAGAGGUGGCUCACGAAGAGCGGGCCAUGUUCCUCAUCUGCGCCUCCUCAAACGAGCCCGAGAUGUACGAAAUCCACACAGCCUCGAAAGAAGACCGUAACACGUGGAUCACACAAAUCCGUCAGGCCGUGGAGAGCUGUCCACAUACAGAAGAGAGAUUGUUUAGUGAGGAAGAGGAAGCCAGAGUCACCCGGUUCAGAGAGUUUCAAGAUCGGCUGACGUUAAAGGAUGCUCAGAUCGUCCAGAGCCUCACAGAGAAGCUGCAGUUGUUUGCAGAGCUGGCUGAAUCUGUGGCCGGUCUAGAAGACACCAGCUCUUGCUCCCGUCUGCUACUGCGGGGCGAUGCCUCUGACCUCCAGCAGGGGGAGCAGCUGCUCAAAGGAGCCAUUACUGAAGUGGAGAACCUUCAGAACCUCCUGGCAUCUGGAGCUCGGGAAACAUCUCCACAGACUGAGAGGAACCAGAGUCCGUCCUUGAGUCUGCUGCCACGCAGAGCAGACACCUUUGGUGGAUACGACAGCAUUGCUACCAUACUGCCUAAGAACGGCAGUAUUAAGAAGAAGGUUCCCAGAGCGUCCGGCAGGACCAGAGACCGGAGUCAGAGGGCCAGCUCAGAUCCGCUGCUCAAAGAGGUCUUCACGUGUCUGGACCAGGAUGAGCCGGACGAGGCCUCCUCACCUGGCUGCCACAAAAUGCGGUCCAGCUGUAAAUUUCCAGAGUCAGAGUUCUAUGAACGAGUGCUGCUGCUGUCCCAGAGGCUCUACAGUUUACAGGCCAUAAUUUCUCAGCAGGACAGCCACAUCGAGCUCCAGCGGUCCUCUCUCCUCACCGCCGAACGGGACCGUCCCGGCAGCCGGAACCGCGGCACCGACGUGCUCCUGGAGCAGGAGAAGCAGCGCAACCUGGAGAAGCACCGCGAGGAGCUCGCCAACUUCCAGCGGCUGCAGAGCCAGCAUCGGCAGGAGCAAGCGCGCUGGGAACGGGAGCGGGAGAAGCAGCGGCGGCAGGCCGAGGCCGACCAGCAGCGGCUAAAGGAGAGGGAGGAGGAGUGUCUGCGGCUGGAGGUGCGUUUGGCCGAGGAGAGGCAAGAACUGGAGAGGCAAAGACAGACGUACCAGCAAGACCUGGAGAGGCUGAGAGAGUCCACACGUUCAGUUGAGAAAGAGAAAGAACGGUUGGAGCAACAGAGGAAGUUGAAGAAGCACAACACGGUGCCGAAUACGGCAGCACUGUAUGCACAGGAAGUUGGACAGCUUUCCAUUUCCUCCAGCUUCAACGGUGAGCUGCUGUUUGGUGGAGCAGGGGACCAGACGCUUCCUCAGAAGUCAUCCCUGAGGGCCACUCUCUCCGCAUCCCCUGCCGACUACCCGGAGCGUCCCGAAGUCCACUCGCGCCGGGAGAGCUCCUGCAAUACCCUGCCGGCCAAGAUAGAGGUUCCCAUCCAUCUCAUCAGCACCACCAACCAGCAGCAAAGGUACGGCAGCGUCCAGCAGAAGAUACCGACCAAACUUGCCGCCCUCAGCAAGGGCAAGGAGAAGAGCGGGAAGGGCAAGAGUUGGCAACGCUCUGUGAAUUGGGAACGCACCGUGAGUUCGGCUUCUAUUGACAUGAAGCCGAUGCUGCCCAUCAAGCUGUCAGCGAGGGAUUCAGAUGGAGGUCACAAAGCACGCCGGCCCAUCAGCCCCAACCAACCACAACAUUCGCACUCAGAUUCCCUCAGCCCUCCAGACGCUUAUACAGACGCCCAGUCCAGCCUCGUGCCCGCCGCUCUCAAAAGCCACAACCAGACCUCCCAGCACAACCUCCCGUACACUGUUAGCGAUGAAGUCGUCAAGGAGGACGUUAUCUUUUUUUGAGCUCCGCAUGGCAUCCGAUAGGAUGGGUUGUGUUGACAUUUCGGCCGGUCUUAUGAUAUUUUACUUAAGGAACACGUUUUAAUCCUGUCUUAACUAAUAACAAGAUUUAUUGCAGCCUGUAAAUACAACGGGAAAAGUGUUUUAGUUUGUACGAAAAAAUAAAAAAGUAUGUCCAGAAAACCCAAAGACUGUGACGGACAGCAAGUGAGCUAAGUUAACUAAGGUGGACAAUUCUACAGCAUGCGAUCCGAACGGACGAUAUGAAGGAUAAUGGAUGUUUUUUGGUGGCUUGUUGUGGUGAGCAAAUUUGCACAGCGUCAAUGUCCCAUUUCAUUUCAAACACUGUAUUUGGGACGACAGAUGGAUCUGUUCGGUUUCAGUUUAUAGUUAGUGCUGUCGUGGUCACUCUAUCAACAAAUAGAUUGAACGUUUUGAAAUUUAAGUAACAGGUUGUUCACAUACUGGUUUAUCCUGUCCAAGAUAUUGUAUUUUUGACCGUACACUGUAUACAUAAUUUGCUUGAUUUUAACCUUGAUUAUUUGAUUGCAGAAAAGCCAGCUCCAUUUCAGUGGUCGUUUUAUUCACAUGGUCCGUCUUUUUAAAGAUUUCUUCCAAAUGAUCAUACAAGAAUAAGCAGCCGACGUGAAGAGAAACCAAGAUUUUAUUAACCAACAUUCUGUUUUUAAUGUUUAUAUUAGUAGGUCUUCAAAGAGAAGUGAGCAAAUUAUCUCAAUAUUUUGAGAUUACAUUCAAAUUCAAAUAAGCUGAAGGACAUAAAUGUUUCAGAUAAUCAAAAAGUCCAUCUAAGAUAUGAAUUGGUUUGAAUAUAAGCAAUUGAAUCUCACACACACAAAAGGAAUUUUAAGGUCAUUAUUAACCCCAAACAAAUUGAGAGGAAAAUAUUAAGAAAUGAGGGUUACACUUUAUUUUACAGUAUGUGUACUUACCCAAGAAAGUACUGGUAAUAUAAGGUAACUACAUGGGUUAAGGUUAGGUUUAGGGGUAGGUUCAGGGUUAAUACCUAGCUAUUACCCAGCUAUUGUAAUUGAUAUAAUAAGUACAUAGUAUGUACAUGCAGAAACAUAAAGUGCUACCGAAAUGAGGAUCAUUACAGUUUUGGUGCUGUGAUCAUUUUCAUGACAUUUUACCCCCAAACUGUCAUUACCAUAAUGCAGAAAUUCUCAUUACCGUGAUGUGAAGAGAAAAAAAAAUUGUUUAAAUUGUUUUAAAAUUAUUCAAAUCAUUUGAAUAAAAUACAAUUGUAAGUAUACAUCAUGGUAGUAAUUGCUUUACUGUUUUUAAUUUAUGCUAUUUUUAAUAAAAUGGGUAAAAAAUAGUUGUCUGGACAAAUCAAUUUUUCUUACUGUAUUACAGUAAUGAGAAUCUGAUUUGUCCAAAAAAAAUAUAUAUUUUAUUAUUAUUUUGCAUUACGUUAAUGAGAACUUUGGGGGAAAAUGUGUUUAAUUGCACAUUUUCAAUGCAAAUUUUAAAUCAUCCUAAAAUAGGCUUUGUCGUCUAUUUUUAAUAUUUAUUUGGGGUGAAAUAUGACCAGCUCCAUUUAAUAUUAGUGCCAAACAGAGCAGUUCAUUCAGGCAUAAUAGUAGUUUGCCUCUUUUGUCAAAUAUUGUGGUAGAGGUAUACAUUUUUUGUUUUUAACAAAGUUAACUUGGUUUUCUUACACAUCCUAGUUAUUUCCACAUUCAAAAAGGAAUUUUUUUAACAUCGUUUCCUGUAAACAGAUUUACUUUAGGCAUUUCCUCCUUUCUUAUGACCCACAUUCAUUUCAUUCCAUGUCUAAUUUAAGUCCCUAAAGCUGUCAAGUAUUUCUUGUUCUCAAGUCGACCACAGAAACGGCACGUGUGAUGUAAUACUUACUUUGGAUUUCAGAGUAAUGCCGCCAAAGACUAGGACUUAAACCACUUUGUUUCUAAAUCUAACCCAUGAGCUGUGAGUAUCAACUCACUGAACGAUCUCUGACGUUCGUUUCCUGCGACCAUAUGAUUUGUAUGUAUAUGUUGUACAUAGUUUCCUUCUAACAUAGAUGAGAUGUAGAUAUUAUGCAAGGAUGUCAUGUGACCACUGGAAUUACAGGUUAGGCACUCAAUCUGGGUGUAAUUUUAUUUGAUUUCAUUUUGUAGGCACUUUUUUUUUUCUUGAAAAAAAUGAAGUCUGUUAGCCUUAGUGUUUUUAUUUUAGUUUAAAAACUACCCAUAAUGCAUUUCUUUUGGAUCACAUUUCAACUGUUGCACAUUAUUUUUAAAGUUAUUGUUUUUAAAACAUCUGUUUGGUUUGAUAAUCAUCCUACAAUAUUAGUUUCUAGGUCCAGUGCUUUUCCAUGGUGCAAGUGAAGGGAUAUUUUCUCACUGUAGCAGAUCGGUUCUGACCAUCAGUGAAGCAUAAAUAAAUCAUGUGAUGUUGGUGAUGUUUUAAUGAAGUCAAUGAUGCUGUUCAUCUCACUCCUUUAGCUGCAGCGCACUUUACUUCUGAAUGAAUUGCUCUCUUUGAUUUCUUGUAUUUCAAAUUACAAAUGUGAGCUUAAAAAAAUCCAUCAUGUUGCUUUAAAUUGUUACUUGAUCCGGCCGGCAUACAUUGUGACUAGCUUCUUGGUGUCUGUGAUUGUAUGACAUAAUUGUACGAUGUUAUUCCUUUGUGAUAUUGUCCAAUUAUUUCAGAUAUGUCCAAAAAAUAUGAUUUUUCUGUUUCUAGUUACACUAGCCACUUUUCAGUACCAGCAAACUUUAAGGGGACCUCAAGUGUUAAUGUUUCUGAUGUUUAAUGUCUUAAGGAUUUAACACGCAAGGCCAGUGUGAAUUUUUUUUUUUUCCUACCACACCAUUUUACUCUAUCGAAGAAAAAUAGAAAUACUUGUGAACACUUAAAACUGCUGCCUUUAGAAACAUUUUAGUAAUAAAAUGUGAAAAAAAAGUCA